GGGCGUUUCGGCCUUUGGACUUGUUGUUCCCGUACCCGUGGGCCACAAUUUGCGACAUUCGGGGCCUUGUAACCUGAGGGUGCGCAGAGCCGCAUAGCGCAGCCGCUGCGACCUGCCACCAUCCAUCCGCCAUGGCUCUCCUGGUCCGUGCACCGCCGCUUCUUCUCCACCUACAGCCUUCCCCCACCACCGCGCAAGCUUUAUUCGUCCGGCAAAUCGCACCCACACCCCGCCGCCGUUCCCUCUCCGCACGCGUCCGCGUGCGCGCCUCCAACUCCGACCCUCCGCAGCAGGUCAACCUCUCCGUCCUCCGCUUCACCCUCGGGAUCCCCGGGCUGGACGAGUCGUACCUCCCGCGGUGGAUAGGCCUCGGCUUCGGCGCCCUCGUCCUCCUCAACCACCUCCUCUCGCCGUCCCCAACUCCCGCGCAGCUCAGGUCGGAGGCUCUGGGGCUGUGCCUGGCCGCGUUCUCAGCGGCGCUGCCGUACCUCGGGCGCUUCCUAGAGGGUGCUGGUGCUUCCAGCCGUGUGCCGUUGCCAGAAGGGAGCAGGCAGGUGUUUGUGAUUCCUGAUGAUCUGUCAACGGCGCAGAAAGAGGAUAUGGCCUGGGCGACAUAUGUUCUGCUUCAGAACACAAACACCACAUCAGUGCUCAUAGCAAUUGGCGAUGUGUUGUGCAUCCGAGGAUACUGGGAUCCUCCUGCAGACAUCUCCAAAUAUGCAAUGAUUGAUUGGUUCAAGAGCCAGGUGGAACAAGCUGGACUCGACAAUCUGAGCAGCGUUUUGUACUUUCCUAAUUUUUCUGACACUCAGCUUGGGAAUAUUCUACCACAAGGAAUUCUUUCUGUGUUGGCACAACCAAUUGUGAGCAACCGUGAUCCAGCUAACGGCGAAUCAAAAGCUGAAGGUGUUGUCGUGUUGGCCUCCAAUGCAAAUUAUGCUUACAGUGAGAAAGAUAUGGUUUGGAUAAGAACAGUUGCAAAUAAAUUUCGACUUGCGUAAAUCAUCAACACCCAAGUUGGAUAAGAACAAAUGUUUUGAUUGUCUUGGUGCAUAUGGAUAUCUCAAGUCUCUGGUAACCACCACCUACAUCAACUUAUCAAGUCUGUGGCCGGAACGAGUACUUUGCAACAACAGGGGGCAAGAGGCAAAGCACACAAGUGGUGAAUACUUGCGCCAUGGAGCGACAAACUAUUAGUUGAUGGACCUCAGCAAUGCCAUUACAUGUUUAACUAGCCCACCAACCAUACCAUUUUUUCCAGCUGAAGCUGUGGUAUGGGUUAGAGCGUUGGGUGGUUCCUAUCAGCCGUCCUCAACGCCUCAUCAUCAUCCCGUGACCUUGGUCUGCCUUGGCUUCUUGUGAACUCUCUGCGGCUUGAAAUCAUUUGUUCUAGAGCAUCACCAGCCGGGCGUCCUUCCAAAGCCUUCUCCCAGGAGCCCUCUGUUGUGUCCUCUCACAAGCUUGAGAAUGCACCUACUGCUUAGGUCUCAUGCGGUGUUGUUUAAUGCAUGCCGUAGGAUAUGGUUGAAGCAUCAAGCUGUAUUGUGUACUGUAUGGUACCAUGUUCGCCGUGUGGCUACUGUCACGCUGGAGAUCGAUCGGUUAAAUGGUCCAGUCGUCUUUUGUGUGAACUGGCAGCAAUGGGACAGUGGGGGUCUAGGGGAGGAUAUGCCUUGCUUCGGUGCUGGGGCAUUUCUGGUGGAAUUUCAACGAUUCUAAAAAAGUUUACGGCGACCAAGGGUAUAUGAGAAAUGCCGACUUUGUUUUCUGGGAGCCCCAAAUAGUCGUAAAGAAACAUUUAAACAGGA